AGCCCUAGGCACCAACUCACGACAACUGCCUCUCUCAGUCUCUCUCUCUUUUAUUAGAUCAAAAAAACUGCCUCUUUCUUUCCCCCUUCUCCUCGUCGUCGUCCUCCCCCCACCCCCCGCAGGUAGGGUUUGCGCCGGAUAGAGGAGGAAGCGUGGAGGCGGGUGAAGGCACCCAUGGCGAGCGACGUGCCCAUGACCCCGGAGCUCCAGCAGAUGGAUGGAGAGAUCCAGGACAUCUUCCGCGCACUCCAAAAUGGGUUCCAAAAGAUGGACAAGAUUAAAGAUUCUAAUAGGCAAGCUAAACAAUUGGAGGAUCUUACAGGGAAAAUGAAGGAGUGCAAGCGCUUGAUCAAAGAGUUUGAUCGUAUUCUGAAAGUCGAGGAGUCAAAGAACCCUCCUGAAGUCAACAAGCAGCUAAAUGACAGAAAACAGUAUAUGAUCAAAGAGUUGAACUCCUAUGUCACCUUGAGGAAGACAUACCAAAGUAGCCUUGGUAACAACAAGCGGGUUGAACUCUUUGAUAUGGGUGGUACAAGUAGUGAGCCUGCCGCAGAUGACAAUAUUCAAAUGGCAUCAGCUAUGACGAAUCAACAACUCGUUGAUUCUGGAAGAAACCAAAUGGAUCAAACAGACGAAGCUAUUGCACGUUCAAAAAUGGUUGUUGCGCAAACUGUCGAAGUUGGAUCUCAAACUGCUACAACAUUAACACAGCAGACGGAACAAAUGAAGAGAAUUGGCAAUGAGCUCGAUUCGGUUCACUUUUCGUUGAAGAAAGCUAGCCAGCUUGUGAAAGAGAUUGGCCGGCAGGUAGCAACAGACAAAUGCAUCAUGGGGUUGCUUGCUCUGAUAGUUUUUGGCGUUAUUGCAAUUAUCGUUGUUAAGAUUGUCAACCCGCAUAACAAGAACAUCCCAGAUAUCCCAGGAAUGGCUCCACCUGCUCAAAAUUUUCAGACUAACAGGAGAUUGUUGUCAGCAAAAGCUUUCAGAGGUCUUUGAUGAUUGCAUGCGGUGGUUUCAUACUGCAGUCCUUUUGUAACAAAGCUGCUGGCAGUGCGCCAUGAGAUACGUUGUAACAAUUGUUCUGCUCAUGUAUAUUAUUUUCUGUUGUGUGUAUAUGCACUAUGCAACAGAGAUGAGGUCUCUUCUACGAGUAUGUAGGAAUACCCCCUAGCACUUUAUGAAAUUUCAAAUGGUAGAAACAUAAUCAGACGUUUUAGAUCAAAGUAGUGAUCUAAAACGUCUUAUAUUCGGAUUGAUACUUGGCGAAUUCGCUACGCGGGCAGCUGUAUUUAAUUGAGGCAACAAGUGUGACUA